GUGGAGGCGGCUGCAGCCUGGGGUGAGAGCGGUGCGGCUGAGCUGGAGUCUUCGUGCCUCUCCGGCCGAUUCCAGCGCAGCGCUGCCCUGGUAGCAUUUACACCGCUUUUCUGGCUUGGGCGCUGCUUUCACCUGUUGUGUUUUGUUCGGAGACACCCCCCCACCUCCUCCUCAAUGCCCCGCUUAGUGAAGCGGACCGCGCCCCCCGCCCCGCCUUCCAUCGCCGGGGAAGUGGUUGGGGAUGAGCUGACCUGCAAGCUGAGGGGAGAGCCGAUGGAGGACGAUGCGGCCGAGGGUUACACAUACACAGAGGUGGUUAAUGCUUCUGCGUUGGGCAAAAGCCGGGUGUCGGCGUCGUCGGUGCACGUCAAUUCCCGGAGUAAGAAGUGGCCGGCCCGAGUCUGUUCAAUGUUGUGUUGCGUCGUGAUGUUGACGUUUGUUGCAUUUCUUCUGGCAAUUGUGUACAUUGUCCUCAAAGAUUUACGUUGGGAAAAAGAAAACCGCGAGGGUGAUAUCAAGACUGGGAUUUUGGGUCUUUGGAGUUCAUUAAUUUUGGCCUUGAUAGCUGGGUUGUCAUGUUGCAGUUUCUCAUGGACGUUGACUUAUUUUGAUUCAUUUGAACCUGGGAUGUUUCCACCAACACCUCUAUCACCUGUUCGAUUUAGAGUGUUCUGGGGGCAGCCCGCAAGUGUCGCCACACUUCUGGUGCCAACAUACCGUGCCCACAGCUUCCUAACCCGUACGUCUUUGGAAUGUGGGAGGAAACCGGAGCACCUGGAGGAAACCCACGCAGACACAGGGAGAACGUACAAACUCCUUACAGACAGCGGCUGGAAUUGAACCCAGGAAAUUAACAGGUCAUUCAUUCCAUAUGGGCUACAAUAUGGCAAUCCUCAAUGGCAUCACUACAGCUCUGGCUGUAAUUUGGUGGUUCGCCUGAAGUCACCUUUUCCUUUAUCGAAAACGAAUACUGAUCUUUAUCUAGAUAAGCAAGCUUUUGCCUGAAAACAGUGACACUUAUGAAGAUGGUGGGAUAUAAAGAUACCUGUUUAUUUUUAAAUUCAUUUAACUCCAAGAUAAACUUUAUUGAUCUGUUAACUUUAGUUUGAGGAUUUAUAUUUUAUUAUUAUUAUUGGCUAGUUUCCUAAAAUUGCAGUUUUAAACCUUUUAUGUUGAACAUGCUAUUAGUUUUGUUGGACAUUAUAUUUUUAUUGCUAAUUUGUAAUUGGUUAACAAUACAACAAUUCAGGAAUGUGAUAUUCUGUACUCUGUCCACUACUAUUAAAAGUAGGUGGAGUUGGACAAUUUAAAUGCAUUAAAUUUUGUUUCAUAGUUGACUGGGGGGGGGAACUAAUUUUUUCUAAUUAAUUUAAUGAAUUUAUUUGAUAAAUUUGACAGGGAAAUUGAUGUGUUGCAAAAAUUGACAUUUUGCCUUUUUCCUGUUUCCUUAGUUGCAUCAAUGGCUGUUAAUAUCUUUUACAGAUGCAUUCUGUUUUGAAAAUGGCAAUCUGACUUGAAUAUUAAGUUGUCGCCUUAAAAUUCUUUGUAGACUUCUACAUAACUUUUGUAUUUUCAUGUCUUCGGCAGAAGAAUGCUCUUACUUUUCACUUUCUUAUUUCGGGUCCUCUAUCACUCUUGGAUUGUUUCCUGUUGCAGGCAGGUCCAUUGUUGGCAUAUCGAAAGUAUAGCCCCAUAUGAUUGUUGGGGAAUAUCUGAGACCCAAGUUUGGGAGAGGGAAAACUGGGAUGGACAAUGAAUGUGUGGAAAUACAAGUGGCUGAAGAAAGUUUUUUUUUUCCCUUAAGUGAUCUCCGUGCUAUUCUGAGCAGUUGAGGUGACAACAGCUUUUAUGAUGCAAUAAAACUUUGAAGAUUCACUGUCCCAUUACCUUGAAUUGCAUUGGUUUGACUUCAAGUGCACUGGGGACACUGUUCCACACUCAUUUUGAACACACUGGGGUUCACUGGAAAUGUAUUACUCCAUAUCAUAAAGUUAGUUAAAAAGUAUGGUAUAUUAAUAGGAGUAUCAAUAGUUGGAAAAUCUGCCAGUCUGAGGAUCACUGAUAUUUUUGAACAGAUAGUAGAUAUGGUAAGAAUAAAUUUGACACAGGAAAUAAAUUUAUGAGCCUGUAGUUGUGACUUGAUGCAUAUAAUCAUACCUGCUACAGUGACAUUUUAUAAGGAGAAAAAACUAAAAUAUUUGCUGCUAAUCCCAGUGUUAUUAAACUUCUGUAUUCAUAUUAAUAUAAAUUUUAUUGUGGCACAUUCACAUUGAUUUGAGAUGUAGUGAUAUUGAUCUCGUGCUAUUCAGUCAAAUCACUGACUCUAAAGACUACUAAAAUUGGAAAUCAUUUGUUUAUCAAUUGAGUAAGAUUAAAGAAUUGUAAAUGGAUUUGCUUUUUAUUUGUUUUAGUAUGACAAAAUUUGUUUUUUCAAAUAAUAAAUCCCAUUGUCUUUUGAUAUUUUAAAAGAUGACUUCCUUUCUGGAGAUACGAGACUACAAAUGCUGGAAUCUGGAGCAACAAACAAUCUGGUGGAGAAACUCAGUGGGUCGAGCAGAAUUUGUAAGGGGGGGGGGGAGGGUGGAUUUGUUGACAGUUUGGGUUGAGACCCUGGUGCAAAAUGUCAACAAUUCCUUUUUUUCCCCCAAAAAAAGAUGCUGCUUGACCUACUGAGCUUCUUCACCAGAUUGUUUGUUGCAUCCUCUUUGUAAAUGGCUAUAAAAUCUAUUUUUUAAAAGCUGAAAUAUUUUGCAUUUUUGAGAUCUGCAUUCAUUGCUAUUCAUCACCACUGUCAGAACAGAGUUAGUUCAGGUCUUGAGAUUGAUAUUUCAGGGACUUCAAGCAGUAGUUGAAUUGAUGUUUGUCAUAAAGUAGCCAGGUACCAGUUGAAAGUAGUAAUAAAAAAAAACUGGACUCUUUCUGUGAUUUCCUUAGAUGUAACACAAGAAACAUUUUUAUAAACUAAUUAUUACAAUUACGAAUUCAGUGGGACUCUUUUUAAAUUUGAUAUUUUGCAAGUCAAAUAUUUUAUUAACUUCAUAAGGAAUAUUGUUACUGAUUGAAGCUCACUUGUAAUGAAUGUACAGAAUUGCUAUGAUCUUGAAUGUUUGUUUCAACUUCUAUUAAAGCUGAUUUGCUUCCAUUUAA